CUUCCUUUUCGCCAGUCGGCAACACGAGGCGAUCGUCAGAUCGGGCCUACCUAGGAAGGUGUUCUUGGGCCCACUGCGGCCAAGGGGCAACACGAGGGAUGUGUCGGAUACGAUUUGCAUCAAGGCGGAUGGAGGCGAGGGGCUGCCGGCUUUACCGCUCGCAGGAAGGGGGUAAUCUCUCUUGUCUGGCUCUCAAAAGGGCGCUGACAGACAACUCCAGCCGCCAGCCAGAGAGAGCUACUGCCAACGAGCACUGCCGUACUCGCCAAGCGUUGAAACCAAGAUGUGGCUCCUUUCUACCACAGUUGCCCUCGGCGGUCUCCUCGGAGCCGCAGUGGCUGCCGUCCUCCCUGCUGCCGCCCAGCAGCAGCCCAACCUCUUCGUGCACGAGAAGGCAACCGCGGCCGCGCUAGCCAGGUGGGAGUACCUCGCGCCGGCGCCCGACUCGGCCCGGGUGCAUCUCUCGGUCGCGCUGAGACAGCCGGGCAUGAAGGAGCUGCGAGCGCGCCUCGACGCCGUCAGCGACCCCGCCCACGCCGAGUACGGCAUGCACCUGUCGCGGGACCAGGUCGCCGCCUUUGUCGACCCGGGCGCCGACGCCGUGUCGGCCGUCACGGCCUGGCUGGAGGGGGCUGGCAUCGCCGGCUCCAGGUACGAAGACGCGGACGCGAGGGUUAGCUUCGACACCACCGUCGCCGCCGCAAACCGCCUGCUCGGCUGCAAGCUGUCCACGUACAAGGAAAAGGAGAGCAACAAGCGGGUAGUACGCGCCGAAGAGUACAGCCUACCGCGGGCGCUCGCCGAGGUGGUGGAUUUCGUGUACCCUGUCACGCAGUUCAUCAGCAGCCCCAAGAAGCCGCAGGCUGUCGAGGUUGAGUCGGCCGAUUUGCGAAAGCGCCAGGAUACCCUCCCCAAAAGCUGUUCCGUCGGCUACAUCACCCCUGACUGCCUUGUCGACCUCUACAACAUCAACUACAAGGUCCCAGACAACCAGUCCCCAGUAGAGUUUGGCAUCGCCGGCUUCCUCGAGGAGUACCCCGACCAGCCGCAUCUCACCUCCUUCAUGGGCGACUACAGCCCCAGGCGGAACGAGACGGGCUUUAGCCCCGUGUACAACUUCACCAUGGAGCGCAUCAACGGCGUCCCGACCCGCCCCAACGGCCCGGGCGUCGAGGCGCUGCUGGAUGUGCAGUACAGCAUGCCCUUCCUCCAGCCCAUGAACGUCACCUUUUUCUCGACCGCGGGCCGCGGCCCCGACCAGAGCGGGCCCAACCGCACCCUGCUGCCCGAAUCGCAGAGCGCCCAGGAGCCGUGGGCCGACCUCCUGACGCACCUGAUCGCGCGCCCGGCGGUGCCGCAGGUCGUCUCCGUCUCGUACACGGACGACGAGCAGGACAUACCCGAGGCGUACGCGCGCCGCGUGUGCGACCUGUUCGCGCAGGUGGCGGCGCGCGGCGUCUCGGUGCUGGUGGCGACGGGCGACGGCGGCGCCGCGGGCAUCCGGUCGAGCGCCUGCCUGGCCAACGACGGCAGCGGCCGCCGCAAGUUCAUCCCCACCUUCCCCGUCGGCUGCCCCUACGUGACGGCCGUCGGGGCCACGGGCACCUACCUCCCCACCGAGCCGGCCUGGUUCAGCUCGGGCGGCUUCAGCGAGUACUUUGCCCGCCCGUCCUGGCAGGACGCCGCCGUCGCCGGCUACCUGGCGCGCAUCAACGGCUCGCACGCCGGCUGGUACGAGGCCGGCGGCCGCGCGUACCCGGACGUGUCGGCGGUCGGCUCGCGCUUCCUCAUGGAGAGGCCGCCGCCGGUGGGCCGCGAGUGGACGCAGAAGGGCACCAGCGCCAGCACGCCCGUCAUCGCCGCCAUGGUGGCCCUGGCCAACGACAAGCGCAUGCGGGCGGGCAAGCCGCCGCUGGGCUUCCUCAACCCGCUGCUCUACUCGGAGCAGCUGAGGGGCGCCUUCAACGACGUCAAGAGCGGCACCAGCGGCAGCUGCAGUGCGCCGGACUACGUCGAGUUUGGGUGGGACGCUCUGGAGGGGUGGGACCCGGCCACGGGGAUGGGGACGCUGGAUUUUGCGAGGUUCGUUGAUGCGCUUGCGUGAGGCUGGACAAGGCUUUUUGAACGUUAGUGCACAAUAA